AUGCCAUAUUAUACAGCCCAGGAACAUCUUCUGAGACUACUGGACACUAUCAUCCAUCACCAGGGACCCCUCAUCACUUUGAAGAAUCACUUCAACAACAAUUACAAGUCCCUGAACUGUGUCUUGGAUACUUCUGAUGUUCAAAUUUCAAAUGGAGGAAUGGAGGUGACUCAUUUACAAAGUGCCGAGGUAGCUCUCAUGUUUCAUUCUCCUUCAAUAACUACGUUAGCAUUCAUAAUGAUGGUUAUGUUGUUGUGCCAAAUUCCACCUCCCUUGGUGAUUUCAGCUUCACGGUUGUUAGGUCUUGUGUUUGAAGGAUUGUUAACUAGGAUGUUAAACCUUAUCACAUUGCCCUUCCAAGUUUAA